AUGACGAACGUGGACAACGAAACUGAUAUCAUUCCCAAUUUGCCAAAUGAGUGGUGCUUCAACAUGGAGCUAUGGCUCCGUAGUGUUGCCACUGCUAAUGUUUCCCAACCGAUGCGUAUCAAAUAUGCGCAUUAUAAAGUGUUUAGCUUUCGCUACAACGGUAUCUUGACGCUUCUUCUCUCUUUACUUGGACUCGUUGGAAGUACACUUCUGCUAAAGCAGAUUUACGGAUCUCGCGUUUUUUCAAAACGCUUGGCAGUCCACCUUGGAAUGAUCUGCUUCUGGGAUAUAUUGUAUCUUCUCUGUUGUCUCUCCACAUAUUGUAUCCCUUCGCUGAUCUACAUGGUUACUCCUAUAUAUGGCCCAUUUGCUUACAUCCUUUUCUUUCUUCAACCCUUUGCUUCAUUUUGUGUUUCAUGCACUAUCUGGCAAGUGUUUGCCAUAACCCUUGAAAGAUAUUUGGCCGUGUCUUCACCAUUGGAACAGCGAACUCGAAAAGCUAAAUUCGGAGUUGGAUGGAUUUGUCUUACGAUCACCGUGUUUGCAUUUGUUUUGAACCUUCUUCCAGUCCCAUUCGAAAAUGAAUUAGUGGACUGUUACGAAAUAAUUUUUAAUCCCGAUGGAAAUGCGUCCUUUCUAAACCAUACAAUGAUGAAGCCAUAUUAUGACGACAAAAUUAGAUUAUACAGAUUUGUUGUUCAUUUCUUCCCUGACCUUCUCUUCCGCGCCCCGAUACCGAUAAUUGUCAUUGGAACAUUGACUGUCCGAACGAUUCAGGCUUGUAGCCAGAGAUCUGUUGGAAAUUUCCAUAUUGGCGUUCGAUUCAACCGCAAUGUUCCUUUAAGACUUUCCCUCUUGAACUUCAAAUUCAUUUUGUGCAACACUCUUUACAUGUUCAACACGAUUCUUCUCGAACUUCUCGAAUAUGGAAAUAUGAACAAUGGAGACUAUGACGGAUACAUCAACUCAUUCUAUCUCACUGAUGCCUCAAAUAUGCUUUUGGUCGUUCACAGUGCGACUAAUUGGCUUCUCUUUUACAAUCUUCCCAGUUGCGAGAAAAAGGAUGCCGUAAGCACGACGCUUUCCACGUCUCUCAAGCACAAUUCGAUCAAAGUCAGAGUGUCAGAAUACAUUUAUAAACAGCUGAGCAUCGGCCCAAAUGAGUUGGGAAUUGAAAUAAUGCAGAAACUUUGCGAGGAAAUGCCAGAAGUGAAGGAGCUCAUGAAUAACGAAGAGGAUAAAAAUUGUGAAAAUCAAGAAAUGGUUACGAAAAUCGGUGAAGAAGUUGGCGACUUCACCAGCCAUGUCUUCCGAUGGUUCGGAGAGCGCUCAAAUAAACGAAAUAGUAGCCGCUUGAUCUACAAACAGUACACAGAAACUGCUCUGCGAGCCAAAUUGCAGUUCAAGGCAGACCAGUGGAAGAAGAUUAGAAGCAUUGUUGUUGAAACUAUUGUGAAACAUGUCUCUGUCACUGCCAAGGAGACUGCGAAUGGUCGGGGCAUUUCAUUCUCGACGAACGAGGUUGAAGAAUGCGCAACCCGUGUAUUCAAUCACGUACUGAGUGAAAUGCGCAGCGGAGUCUUAUGCGCCAACGUUGAGCAGAAGCAGAAGAUAUCUCGCUGCGAAAGAUAUGUACGAUCCAACUCGACUACUGUUCAAAUCCCACUGUCAAAAGAAGCUCCACGUAAAUCGCAAUCGAUUUCUAUGCGCUUCCAGUUCUCGUCUUCUGAUGAGAGCAACGAACAUGUUUAG